AUGCUGGCACUGCUAGCUGACGGCAACCCUGCUCUUCAGGCCCGAAAGGCAGAGAUCGUCUUCAACCCCAAGAUCCUGACACCUAAGCAGGGAGACACUUGGGUCCACGGAGAGGCAAAGAACGUCACUUGGAGGACCUCGGACAUCCCUCCUCCCCUCAAGUCCGCCAACUCGACCCUGUACCUCGGCUACCUUCCCAAGAACAGCAAGUCUGGCAACGAGCACCUCAAGUGGAAGCUGGCCAACAAUUUCCCCCUUUCGGCCGGAACCGUCUCCUUCAUCGUACCCAACAACACUGUGCCUCGAGACGACUACAUCGUUGUUCUCCUAGGAGACUCUGGAAACCGUUCUGAGCGAUUUGAGAUUGAGCUGAGCGAAGAUGAGGAAAAGAACGGCAAGAUUGGUACUCCUAAGAUUCGCGAGCCUACCAAGACGCUCGAUGUCGUCCCUUUGAUGAUGCCUACUGGCAGGUACAAGGUCAUCCAAUGGACCGCUUAG